CACACUCUCCACACUACCCACACAAGAACACAAACAAACAAAACUCUUCCCUUCGUUUCCCAAUUCCCCUCCUCCACCGCCAACCGCCGGCGCCGCUGCAUUCUCCCCGUCUCCUUCACCGCCAUUUCUGCAUUUCCCUUUCUGAUUACAUCCUUCUCUCAUUUCCUUUUUCAUCAAUUCAGUCAUUUAAUCUUCUGCCUUCUAUAACUUCCACAAAAAAAAAAAACAGCCAUAAAUAAGCCAAACAUAAUCGCAAAAAAUUGACGCCAGAAAGCGAAGAAGAAGAGAAACGCCGCUUUCCCUCUCUCUCCGGCCCUUUCCUUCGACUCUCUCCGUCUCUCGCUCUCAAUUGUUCGCUGAACUUCACUCCUCCGCGCGCGAUCGCUCUGCAUUUCGGUGAAGAAUCCGAACGGAAUCGAUCGACCGAGCGAGAGAAGGGAUCAAUCAUGGCGGUCGUGCCUGCAUCGACGACGGCGCUGUACGUCGGGGACCUGCACCCUGCCGUCGACGAAGACCAGUUGAAGGCGGCGUUCUCCAAAUUCGAGAGCGUCGCGUCCGUGCGCGUGUGCCGGGACUCCACCAACGGGAGGUCCCUCACCUACGGUUACGUCAACUUCAUCUCUCCCCAAGACGCUCUGGAAGCCCUCGAAGUGAUGAACCACACUCCACUGAACGGGAAACCGAUGAGGAUUAUGUGGUCAACCCGCGAUCCUGAUGCGAGAAAGAGUGGAGUGGGAAAUGUGUUUGUCAAGGACUUGAGUGAAUCUGUCACUAGUGCUGCGCUGCAAGAGCUGUUUGGCCAGUAUGGGAAUAUCGUGUCUUGCAAAGUUGCAACGACUGAUGAUGGAAAGACUAAAUGCUAUGGCUUUGUUCAAUUUGAUAAUGAGGAAUCUGCUAGUACUGCAAUUGAAAAACUCCAUGGCACCAUGUUUUAUGAUAAGCAGAUUUAUGUGGGGAAGUUCAUUAAGAGAAGUGAUCGAGCUUUGGCUAGCCCCGAUGCUAAAUACACUAAUCUGUAUGUCAAGAACUUGGAGCUAGAUGUCACAGAAGACGUUCUGCGUGAGAAAUUCUCCAAGUUUGGCACAGUGUCUAGCUUGGUAAUUGUUAGGGAUGACAAUGGAUCCUCUAAGGGUUUUGGCUUUGUGAAUUUUGAUAACCCAGAUGAUGCUAGAAGUGCUUUGGAAGCGAUGAAUGGGAUUGAACUUGGAUCAAAGAUCCUGUACGUAGGAAGGGCACAAAAAAAAGCUGAGCGGGAGCAGAUUCUGCGUCGUCAGUUUGAAGAGAAACGCAAGGAGCAGAUAUUGAAAUACAAGGGUUCAAAUGUGUAUGUCAAGAACAUAGACGACGAUGUCACUGAUGAAGAACUGAGAGAGCACUUCAGUAAAUGUGGCACAAUCACUUCCUCGAAACUUAUGAGAGAUGAGAAAGGAAUGAGUAAGGGAUUUGGCUUUGUCUGCUUCUCCAAUCCCGAGGAGGCGAACAAAGCAGUGAAUACAUUUCAGGGGUGCAUGUUUCACCGCAAGCCAUUGUAUGUUGCUAUUGCUCAAAGGAAGGAGGAUAGACAAAUCCAGUUACAGAUGCAGUAUGCACAACGCAUGGUUGGACUACCUGGACCUUCUACUGGUGUCAUGCCGGGUGGAUAUCCUCCACUUUACUAUACUGCUCCACCUGGUCUCGUUUCACAGGUCUCUCCAAGGCCAGGACUUAUGUACCAGCCGUUGGGUAUUAGGCCUGGAUGGAGGCCUAAUGGCUUUGUUCCUACAACCAGACCAACCUAUCAACCAGCCCAACUUCCCAUGAUGCCUAAUGCUCAAAGGCAGCCAAGGCAAAACCGGGUUAGGAUGAAUGGCAACAUGCUUCCUCCUCAAGGCAUUGCCAACUCUGCCUCCUAUUUACAACCUGCGUCUCCACCUCUACCUUCACCAAAAGAUCAAAACAACCAGCGGGCUGCCCCAGUUAAGCACGUCCCAAAUGGUCGCUCACGCGAAUCAAGCAAGUCUCCUGGAGUCCCGUCAGCUGCUCCAAAUUCUACUGGACCUGCGCCACAAGGAUCAGAAAUGCUGAGUACAAUGCUUGCUUCUUCUACCCCUGAGGAGCAGAAGCAGAUUCUAGGAGAGCGUCUUUACCCUCUUGUCCAGAAGCACAAGCCUGAUCUCGUGGCGAAGAUCACCGGAAUGCUGCUGGAGAUGGACAAUGCAGAGCUGCUUCUGCUGCUGGAAUCCCCGGAAUCUCUGGCCGCCAAGGUGGAGGAAGCCGUGCAGGUGCUCAAGCUGUCCAAGACCAAAGUCUCCGGCGGUGGCCAAGAUAGCAUGCAUUCCGGCUACCAUAUCUCCGCCGAGGUUGCUGUCAACUGAGACAAGGGAGGAUGACUAUAUUCUGCCAAUAUGCUUAGUGACGAUAGAGCUCCAAAGUUUUGAUACACAGGAGAAAUCUUUCCCUUUCUUUUUUCUUUCCAAUUCUGGAUUUACCUUAGUGAGGGAGACUUCAGGUUUUUCCAUUUCCGGUUUGCUGGAUUUUUUGGUACAUUGGUAGCUUUCUUUGAUUAGUUCUCUGGAGACAGAACGAUUUUCUUUUUUCAAGUAAUAGCAUGGACGAGGAUUUUGGACAAUUCUGCAUUUUGCCCUGCCAUUUACUUUGAUUUUUAUACUGGGCUGACUGCUUAUGGCGUUUCUUAUUUACCUGAAGGAUAGGUAAUAGGUUGGGGACU